UUAUAGUGCGAGCGAGUCGGUUCGCUAUAUUCCCCCAACUUAGUUGUAUCAACUUGGGGUUCAGGAAUUAUAUCCCGUCCUGAAUCCGACUAGAAGGUCGACAACGAGACCACUUGUCGGUCGGUUGUGUGGCAGUGUCAAAUAUUGAGCCGGGUUUCUGGUGUUAUUCUUUUUGUAAAUACUGUUAUUUGUAUAUACUGUAAAUGAUGACGUCCAUGGGCGGGAACCGAGCCCGGGGCAGCUGGGAGCAGACACCUGGCCCAGCCCAGAGUCAAACACAGCACAAGCAGAGGCCUCAGGCCACUGCAGAGCAGAUCCGACUUGCGCAGAUGAUUUCUGACCACAAUGAUGCAGACUUUGAGGAAAAGGUCAAACAGCUGAUUGACAUCACAGGCAAGGACCAGGAUGAGUCUAUGAUCGCGCUGCAUGAUUGCAAUGGAGACGUCAACAGAGCCAUCAACGUGUUGCUAGAGGGUAACCAAGACACUGACUCCUGGGAAAUGGUGGGAAAAAAGAAAGGUGUGUCAGGCCAGAAGGACACUAGCCCAGCAGAGACCGGAGAGGAUGGAAAGGAGAACAGGGAGAAAGUAGGAGAGAAGGAUGUAGCACGUCGCCGCGGUGGAGCUCCACGCAGGGGCCGUGGAGCCACCAGGGGACGAGAGUUUCGUGGUCAGGAAAAUGGCCUGGAUGGAGCCAAGGCUGGAAUAGCUGGCAGGGGGGCAGAGCGAGGCCGACGGGGAAGAGGCAGAGGAAGAGGGACUAUUGGACUGUCUGGACGGCGUGGAGGCAGGUUUUCGGUGCAGGGCAUGGGCCAGAUUGAUAAGGGGCCCAGAUAUGAUAUUGCAGGAGGUGAGAGAACAUUCAACCCUGCUGACUAUGCAGAGCCAGCCCAGACAGAAGAAAGCUAUGGAGGGGGCAGCACCUGGAACAACACAGGAAGCACAGAGCCCGAGGAAGGUGCUAGGUUGGAAUACGCUGCAGGAGAGGGGACAAAUUACCCGCCCAAGUUUGACUCUGCUCCUGGUGCUUGGAGGUCUGCCACUGAGGAGUGGGGCACUGAGGACUGGAAUGAGGAUCUUUCAGAGACCAAGAUAUUCACAGCUUCCAGUGUGGCGUCUGCCCCCGUGCCUCAAGAGAAUGUAACCAUCACCAAAGGACAGAGGAUUGACCUUGCAGUGCUCCUGGGGAAGACUCCACCCUCCUCCUCUUCAGAGACAGAAAACCCCCCCAUGGAGGCCGCACAGCCCCCGUCCUUGUCCCAGUCACUGGUUUUUAGCAACUCCAAGCAAGGAGUGUCGCUUUCCCAAACAUCGUCCAGCACCCCUUACACCCAGCACAGCAUGGUCAGCAUGCUGAACAAGGGUUUUGGGGAUGUGGGGGAUGCUAAAGGAGCUAGCACGGGGACCACCGGUUCUCAGUUCCUGGAGCAGUAUAAAACAGCCCAGGCACUGGCCCAGCUGGCAGCCCAGCACUCCCAAACUGGACCUCCGAACACAACCCCUUCAUCCUGGGACACCAGUACCACCUCAAUGGGACAGUACGAUCUGAAAACUCAAGCGGAGUCUGCGGUCCAUUCGCCCUUUACAAAGCGACAGCCCUACCAGGUCGCCACCUCAACCUCGUCCAUGUUGGAUGUUUUCCUGCAGGACAAAGGCCUGCCUCCUUCCUCAUCGUCUUCUUCCAUGCCACGACAAACAACAUCGUCACCCCAUGUGGUGCCUCCACCUGCCUCCUCCCUUCCCAAAAUGGCAGCAAUUCCUUCACUUGGUCAGCAAGUUUCCCCAAGUUCCUCAGAUGCCCACGGUUCUAGUCCACUGCCAUUGCAGCAACAUAAACUCAAACAGCAGAAGAAGAAGACUUCCAUUACAUCAAAGAUUCCUGCAUUGGCGGUAGAGAUGCCUUGCUCAGCCGACAUUACAGGGCUCAAUCUUCAGUUUGGAGCUCUGCAGUUUGGAUCAGAACCAGUUCUGCCAGACUACGAGUCCGCGCCCGUCACCACUACACCAUCCAGCCAGGUUCAGAACAGUCUGUACACUAGCCCCGGCAGUGAGUCAAGUGCAGCUCUCUCCAACCCCAGUCAGAUGGACCUGUACGAUCAGAGAGCUGCCCAGACUCGGCGCUACCCUCCCUCCGCCUCUCCCUCCCCUCAGAAGGAUAUGCAGCCCAAGAAUGGCUUCAGUUCAAUGCAAACUUCACAAUCUGUGGAAGCUGCAGCGGGUUCUGCAGUAUCGGGCAAGCCAGGCUCUGACUCGGUGCCGCCUGUCUCCAGUAUUGGCUCCUUGGUUGACUGUAGCUCUGCCUCCAUGUUGUCUGCAUCCAAUCAGACGUCCCUCGGCGGUUUGGGGCACAGUGAAGACCAGCCUCCAAGCACCCACCCCCCUCCGCAACACAACAACUCUCACCCAUCACAACAGAACAGCCACAUCCCAUCUUCAGUCCGGUCAUCUAACUCAGGCCUUCUGCAUCACAGCAUAGACGGUGACUCGAGUCUGCACUCCUCCUCCUUCCCAUCCUCAGUUUCCGCCGGGCCAUCAUCAGUUGUCUCCUCAUCCUCGGUGGCUGCCCAGGUGUCACUAGGGGGCCCUCAGGGCCCCUCCGUAGGCUCUGGCACGGUGUUAGCCCACUCUGGCCUCGGCCCCGUCAGCAGUCUGACCAUGGGCCUCAACGCUGCAUCCAUGUGUGUCCCAGCUGCUGCUGCUGCUGCAGCGGCCGCCGCUGCUUCCAUCACCUCGGCAAUGCCUUCUUUAGCUACUUCGUCAUCCUCACGGAACUCUGGGGCAUCCUCAGGGAAACCACCUCCCAACCUGCCACCUGGAGUGCCCCCUCUACUGCCCAACCCAUACAUCAUGGCCCCUGGUCUACUGCACGCCUACCCUCCCCAAGUGUACGGCUAUGAUGACCUGCAGAUGCUGCAAACAAGAAUACCGCUGGAUUAUUACAGCAUUCCGUUUGCAACUCCCACGACGGCACUGACUGGCAGAGACGGCGGCCUGACAAACAACCCUUACUCUGGUGACUUAUCAAAGUUUGGUCGAGGCGACGCAUCAUCCCCGUCUCCAGCCACCACCUUAGCUCAGACCCAACAGACACAGACGCAUCACAACACGCAGCAGCCCUUCCUCAAUCCGGCGCUGCCGCCUGGUUACAGCUACACAAGCCUCCCUUACUACACUGGCAUGCCAGGCCUGGCCAACACCUUCCAGUAUGGACCUGCUGUGUUUCCGGUGGCUCCUACCUCGUCAAAGCAGCACGGUGUGAACGUUGGCGUCAAUGCAUCAGCCGCUCCCUUCCAGCAGGCUGGUGGCUAUGGUUCCCAUGGAUACAGUACUGGCUAUGAGGAUGUGGGCCAGGCUUCAGGGAGUGGGGAUUUCUGUAAGGGCGGAUACGGCACUGCCGUGGCCGCUGCCGCUUCUGCUCAAAACAAGCCAGCCAGCUCUGUCACCGGGCCGGGAGUCGGAGUUUCUGUGACAUCAAGCAACACAGGGGUACCAGAUAUUUCAGGGUCUGUUUACACAAAGACGCAGCAGUCGUUUGAGAAGCAGGGUUUCCAUGCUGGCACACCCGCAGCUCCGUUCAGCCUGCCCUCGGCUCUGGGCAGUGGGGGACCCAUCAACCCCCCAGCGGCUGCUGCCUACGCCCCAGCCCCCUUCAUGCACAUCCUGGCACCGCACCAGCAACCCCACUCGCAGAUUCUGCACCACCACUUGCAGCAGGACGGACAGAGCGGCACCGGACAGCGCAGCCAGAAUGCCUCCAUUCAACAGAAGUCUCAAAUCAACAAGUCGGCGUACAACAGCUACAACUGGGGAGCAAACUAACAUCAACUCCCUCUCCUACCCCCCCAAAGCUGUUGACCGAAGCUCGCUGGGGGCUCCUCACUCCUUCCGCAAACAGCCUCCACAUGUAAUCUUCCUUUGCCCCCCCCCCCCUCCCCCCCAGGAGAACCUGCACUCUAGUGAUGCAUGGUGGGGCGGAAGGGACAAAGGGGCUUAGAAAAUAGGGAAAAUCUGAGCUAAAUGGUUAAUGGUUAGAAAUACACCGUCAAGAGGUGAAAUACUGAGUGUUGGGAAUUUGUAUUGUUAAUUCUUCAACCUCACCCAUUUUCUUUGACUUGUAUGUAACAUAGAACUGUCAUUCUAAAGGAAUGAACAUCUCCUGUAUGGUUUUCUUCUUUUUUGGUACUCUCCCUCAUUUUUUACUUGCAGAUGGGGAGGAAUGAAGUGAUAUCUAAAGGUGGGGGAGCAGGCUAGUUUUAUAUUUCACACCCUCAACUCCCCACUCCUUUAUUUUUUUUUUGGUGGAACACAAAUACCCAAAUGCAGAAAUUUGCUUAAUUGCUCUUGAAUGUUUUUUUUUUUAAAUGUAAUUUUAAUUUUGAAGAAACAAUUCUCUAAAUUGGUAGAGUUGUGAAGUUUAUUUUUUACCAAAUAUAGAUAUAUUAUAUAUAAAGGAAUAUAAGAAAGCUCACUGGCUUGGACUGUGAGGAAAGUGUGUUUGUCAUGUGACUGCGUGCAUGUUUGUACACACAGGGGCUGUGGUUGUGUACUGUGCUGUUUUUUUCCUAGCACAGAAUUUUUCAUUAUCCACCACUGUACAGUAACUGUUCCCAUGAAUUAUAAAUAUGUUGCAUAAAGGCCCCACCUAUUCUGAAAGAGAUAUUGAAUGAUUUCCAAGGCCAAUACACACCCAAUCUGCCUUCCAGUGUGUGUGUUUUUCUUUUCUUUUUUUUAAGCCCCCACCACCACCUCUGCUCCACCACCUUUCACCCAUUUAAAGGAAACUUGCAGCAUUGAAUAACGAUGGACAAAAUUGUACUUUUUUUGUUUUUUGUCAGUGAUUUAUUUUUUCUUUUUGUACUGUGUGUUUUAAAAACAAUUUAAAUGGAUAAACUUGUCUUGUACAUAUAAAAAAAAACAAGUACUGUAGUCACUGUUUGAUGGCUUUAUUCUUUCCCCUGCAGACUUGUUAGCUUUUUGUUUCAUGUAUUUUUAUUUUGUAAAAAUUUAUAAAUAUUAGGUAAAUAAACUAGAAGACAUUUUCAUCAUUUUGGAUGUGAACGUCUUAUAAGAAACUUUC